AUGUCUUUGAAUAAAAGUGAUCAAAAAAAAAAAGAAGAGACAUUACCAGAGACAGAAGAAUCUAUUAAAGCCAACAACCAAUUACAAAAUCAACAAGACCAACAAAAAAGCAUAAACGAAACACCACCAUCAAGCAAUAUUGAUAAUACUGGUAAUAAGUUAGCAUCAUCAUCAAUGGCAACAAGUGUAGUGAAUAACAAUGAUGACUCUAGUACUUUAGAUAAAUCAAAAUCUAUUUUAUUAAACAAUAACAAAAAUUAUGUAAUUAAAAUCAAAGAAAUUGAACAAGUGCCUGAUGAGAAUUCAAUAUUUGAUGAGAAUUUGAAUAAUCCUAACAUUAUAAGAAAGCUUUCAAAUGCUGAGGAAGAUGUAUGCUAUCCUAUAAGACCACUAAAUAAAAAAGAGGGAAUAGAUUUUGAAGCAUUGGAAGAAUAUAUUAGAGAAGAAAAUGCAUUGAUGGCUAAGAAAAAGAAUAAUAUCAACAAUAAUGAUGAUGAAACAAAAGCAACUUCAUUAAAAAGACGAGUUAGUCAAUAUGCUGAAAGAAUUAAGCCACCACCAGAUCUUACCGAAGCAUUACGAUUUACAUUUUAUUCUACAGAGACAGGAACUAUACGCACCAACUGUUUUUCAGAGAUCCCACCAAAAGGUCAAACAAUGACAGAAUUAUUAAAACAAGGAUAUUUUUGGAUUGAUGUAUUAUCACCAACUGAUUCAGAAAUGAGGAUUUUAAGUUCGAUUUUUCAUAUUCAUCCAUUGACAACAGAAGAUAUUGAGACAGAAGAAUCACGAGAGAAAUGUGAAUUAUUCAAAAAUUAUUAUUUCAUUAAUUUUCGAUCAUACAAUCAAAACAAUUGUAAUCCAUCAGAUGAUAUUGAACCUAUAAGCAUGUUUAAUGUUGUCAUGAGAGAAGGGAUACUAUCAGAUUAUAUUAAAGUGACACCUGAUUGGAUCAAUUAUGCUUUAAUUGAUGAUAUAACUGAUUCAUUUGCACCACUUAUACGCCAAGUAGAGUUUCAAUCAGAUGCAAUUGAUCAAUUGGUGUUGGUUCUUAAGAAUUCAGAGCAACAAGAUAUGUUGGUGAGGAUAGGAAUUUGUCGUAAGAUGGUGAUGACAUUUUUAAAAUUGUUGGGUACAAAAGCAGAUGUUAUCAAAGCAUUGAUUAAAAGAUGCGAAGAAAUAAAUGCAGCAGGUGGUGAGAAAAAUGGUGAGAAACAUGGGCCUGGGGAUGUUGUUCUUUAUUUAGGCGAUAUUCAAGAUCAUAUUAUUACAAUGUUACAGAAUCUUAAUCAUUAUGAAUUGAUUUUGUCACGAGCACAUUCAAAUUAUCUUGCACAAAUAUCUAUUGAAAUUACACAACUUAGUAACAAAACCAAUGAGAUUAUAAAUAAGUUAACAGUAUUUGCCACAGUACUUGUACCAAUGAAUGUUGUAACAGGAUUAUUUGGUAUGAAUGUUAAAGUACCUGGUCAAGAUGAGGAUGAUCUCAUAUGGUUUUUCUCAAUUGUUGGUGCACUUACAUUGUUUGGAUUGAUAAGUUACUUCAUAAUAAUGAGAAUACAAAAAUCAUUAACUUGA